GUUUCAUUUGCAAUGUCUCUGGAGAUGUCGCUGAUUUCUAUAUUUUUAUUCUAUCUAUGUUCUUCUCCCGUUAUUUGCUCUCCUUGUCUAUACUUGUUCUUGGCGCGUGACUGUAACCACAGAUAAAGUGAAAAAUAUCAAUUGCUUGUGUCAAGAAUUUCCAAAAUCUUAUAACGAUAAAUUUGGGAAACAAAAUAAAUACAGCUGUCAUUGUUUGAUUAUAAAUUCUUGAAAAAAAAACAAGUGACUUCUUUAAUAGAAUUUUUAAAUCCAAUUAUGUAGUCAAUUUUAUUUUGACAUUCAUUUGAAAAAUAAACACUAGUAUCAUAUUAAUGAUUAUAAUAAUUCAAUGAAACUUCACAUAAUAUCAAAUAAGAUAUGUAAUAAAAUCUAUAAUAAUAAUAUGAUUUAAAAACAUAUUUAAAACGCAGUUUUAAUUUAAUUUCUUAGUUAUGGAUAGAUUUUUACAUAUCGAUUGGAAUUGUCCAUUAGAAGACAUAAUAGAUAAUACUUUUAUUAAUGAAGAAAGAUUAGAAAAAGAAAGUGUGAUGCAUAGGAUUAUGACUGGAAAUUUUACAGAUCCAUUUAAAAAUAUUGAAGAAGAUUAUCAAAAUGUUAAAAUCAAUUUGAUCAAAGAUGUUGAUCCUGAUUUAAAUGAAGAAGGUAAUAAUGACAUUGAGAUAAAUGAAGGAGAAAAAGAAUGUGAAUCUAAACAAAUAAAUAAAGUGAAAUGUUAUGUACCUGGUAUUGUUAAAUCAAUAUUUAAGUUUCCUAAGAAAUCUCAAUUAAACAAAGAACAACAAGCAAUGUGUUUAAGAGUCUUAUUAAGAUUUUCAAAAUCUGGUAAACCAAAAUUAACACGAAGAGAAAGAGAAGAAUUACAAAAAUAUAUGGAUUUGAAACAAAUAAUAUCUCAAGAACAAGAUGAAUUUUUAGAGUUUGCAAAAAGCAAAUGGCAUGAAAGAUCAUUCAAAAUUACAUGUGAAGAUUAUAUAAAUUUACAUUGGAAAUCAAAAUUACAAUAUAUUUAUGAAUUACCUAGAUAUUAUACCGAAGUAACAAGUAUUCCAUUUGUAGCAGACAAAAAUAUUGAUAUAACAUUUAUUUCUAACUGUUUACAACUAGGUACAUUACAAAAGAUAGAGUUACCAACUUUCACUAAACCAUGUAUGCUGAGAAUAAAUUCAGAACAAUUACAAAAAAGAUUUUCUUCUAAUCAAACUAAUUCCAAUAAGUCUUUAUUUUCUUAUAAAUUACCUGUAAGCGAAGAUGUAAAUUGUCAAAAAUUGGCUGAAAGUAAUAAUGUGGAUUUAGUAAUUUCAUCAAGUGGCCUUAAGUGUUUGGUAAAUAAUAUUGGACCAACAAAUUCAAACUCAUGGAUUUUACCUUUUAUAAUAAAAAAACAUAAUGAUAAAAAUAUUAUCUAUAUAGAUAAACCAGCACCACCAGUUGCUAGUACUAUACCAGAAAAAAAUACUUGGGUAUAUAAAUACAUUCUUAAAUAUUUCUUUUUCCAUACAAAACGUUUACCUUCAAACAAUAAUAGUAAUGAAGAACAUGAUGAUAAUAUAUUUGGAGAUAUUAAUUCUGAGGAAUUAUUAAAAUUAGAAGAAAAAUAUGAAAGUAUUUCAACAAAAAUUAACAAUGAAUCACUUUCAAAUAUGUCAGAAAAGAAUAAAAACUUUGAAGAAAUUUUAAUAGAAGAAGAUAUUAAAAAUAAUGUAAAUUCUGACAUAAUAAAUAAUAAAGAAUAUUUAUAUAACACAUCUAAUUUCUAUAAUGCUUCUAUGAAUAAUGAAGGUACAGAAAAUAAAUGCUCUGAAAUGAUAGAAGAUAAUGUAUCAUACAAAUUAUUUACCAUUGGACAACUUACAGAACAAAAUGAAUUAAUGAAAAAUAUUACCAGAGAAUACAAAAUAUUAGUUCGAACAAAAACACAUGGAUUUGAGAUUUUACGAAAUAAAAUAGAAAGAUUGUUAUUAUUAACACCAAAAUUAGAGCAUCAAGUUGAUUUUGGUGCUGAAGCUGUAACAUUAGAAGAAGCAUUGAAACAAUGGAUAUCUUUAAUUUUUAGACCUAAUACAUCGCUUGCACGAGUUCGAAUAUCUGCAAAAACAUCGGAAAUAUUGCAAAUAGAAUAUCGCACAGCAAUGUCUAUAAAUAACGAAAUCAAGAGACUUUUUAAUAUAAAAGUCGAAGAUUCUUUAGUAAUUUUACAUAAUGUUAUUCAAUCUCUUACAAAUUUAUCUUCAGGACAUUAUAUUAUGAGACAUACAGUAAGAAAUGGAGCAUUCGCUACUGUUUUUAAAGUAGCAGAAAAUCCAGGGAAAAAUAUUCUUGAUAUGCAUACAAUUUAUGGUGAACAAUUUCAUACUUUAUCUAAUUCUCCUUGGAUUCCAUUGGAUAAAACCAUACCAACUCCAAUGCUUAAAUGUUUCGAAAGAAUGCCAGCUAUGUUUUAUCCAUUAAUUAAUACAUUUCGUAAUAAUAAAAAAUGUAAUACAUCUAAAGCAGGAUCUGUUCGUAGAAGUUUGAGAAAUAAGAAAAAAAAAUAAUUAAUAAAAAAAUAAUAAAUAAAAUAAAUAAUAAUAAAAAGAAUUAAUUAAAUAAUUUGUUUUUAAAAAGAUACUAUGAUUUUCUAUCAUCAUUUUAACAUACGAAUAGAAAAAAUAUUGAUGAUAUGUAUAUAUGUAUAAAAUAUCACACUUGUAAUAUUUGUAAUUUUA